AUGGCAUUCAUGUCAGCUAGAAAAUGCAUUGGUUUGGAUGGUUGUUUCUUAAAGGGGGUAUGUAGGUGUCAAUUACUUAUUGCAGUGGCCAAAGAUGGCAAUAAUCAAAUGCUUCCACUUGCUUGGGCUGUAGUUGAAAAUGAGAACACAAACAGUUGGAGUUGGUUUAUUUCUCUAUUGCAAGAAGACUUGGGAUUAGGAGAUGGAACAAAUUUCACUAUUAUGUCAGACAUGCAAAAGGGACUGGAUAUAGCUAUUAAGGAGUUGUUGCCAGCUUGUGAGGAAAGAAGGUGUACUAGACAUAUACUAGCAAAUUGGUCACAUAUUUGGAAAGGGCUGCAAAGGAAGAAACUGUUCUGGAAGUGUCUAGAAAUACUUUUGAAGUUGAAUUCAGAGAAAAUCUGGAAGAGCUGUCUAAACUAG